AUGGGUUCCAUUCAAAACAUAGUUUAUUAUUGCUGUGUUGCCAAGGGAAACAGGGUUCUUUACACUUACAAUGGAGGAGAUCAAGAAAUCGAGGCACUGGUUGCAGUUUGCUUAGAGAGAACCCCAGCUUUUCACAUCUGGUAUUUCGAAACGGUCGGGCAAAGGACUUAUGAAUUUCUAAUGGAAGAUGGGUAUGUUUAUUUCACAAUUGUAGAUAAAGUUCUUGGAAAUGCAGGGGUCCUCCGGUUUCUUGAACAUGUUAGGGAUGGGUUUAAGAAGGUGGUGAAGAAUAGUUCGAGGAGUAAUUUAGCUGGUUCGAACCCCAUCUGCAUAGAAGAACAACUGGUGCCCAUCAUCUGA